AUGCUGUAUAAGUUUGUUGCCCCUACGCAGCAGCCUUCUUGUCUAUACAGCAGCAGCUUCUUAGGAGGGGGAGGGGAGGAGGAGGGUUUCUUCUUGGCUUCUAUUGAGAGAGCGAGGCUGCAGCAGCAGCAGCAGCAACAGCAGCAACAGCAGCAGUACGAUGGAGAUAUAGGAGGAGCAGCACCGCAUGUAGGAGUGUUGCUGCCUGUGUCUAGCGAUGCCCUGCUGCUUGGGGCUGCAUGCUUAAGGCCAUUAGAGGAUCUUCUUGUUGUUCCUCGUCGCCCUUCUGCUGCUCUUGAGCUCCUUAAGGACUUGCUGCAGCUACAGCAAGAAGAUACACACGAUGCAGCAGCAGCAGCAGCAGCUGCUGCUGCUGCUGCUGCAGAAGAAGGGGAGCAACCUGAGUGCGAGCUCACACAUGAACUCAAACAUAUACACUCAACAGGCAGCAGCGAUGGCCUCCAACAGCAGCAGCAGCAGCAGCAGGAGAUGCUGCUGGCGCAGUCUAGUGAUGCUGCUGCAGCAGAUGCAUGCGCAGAUGCCGCGUCCGAAGGAAGCAGCAAGCGGUCUGCUGCAGCAGAAGAAUCUGCUGCUGCUGCGGACACAACCAUGACAGCAGAGGAGAAAGAAGCUGCAGCAGCUGCUGCUGCCGCUGCUGCAGCUGCAGCAGCAGCAGAAGCAGCAGAAUUAAAGGUUGCCUUAUCUGCAAAGAAGAAGCAACUUUAUUCAGCAAUGGAUGUCUUUGCGCUGCAGCGGAGACGUCUUAGUUGGAGUGUAUAUACACCUCAAGCAGCAGCACCGCUGCUGCUGCUGCAGCAGCUGCCGCAGACUCCUUCGCAGCAGCAGCUGAUGCUCUCCAGUGCAGCAGGAAAAGCUGCUGCUGCUGGAGCUUCUGCUGCUGCUGCUGCUGCAGCACGGCUGGAGAAUGGGCUGCUGAAUCUCUUUGAGGCUGUUGUGUCUUCCCUUGCUAGCAGUAGCGAGAGGCAAGACAGCAGCAGCACGGCUGUUGCUGCUGUUGCUGCAGCACUGCAGCAGCACAGCUACGUUGUUGCUCGCAUAGCUCCCUUAGCUGCUGCAUGCGCGGAUUUGCAGCUAUGGCGAUCACGCAGCAGAACAGUGGGGCCUGCAGCAGCAGCAGCAGCAGGAUCUGCUGCUGUUAGUGAGUACCCCUCGAGGGAAGCCCCAAGACUUGCAUUAGAAGAUGGGCCUGCAUGCAGCAGCAGCAGCACCUUUCCUCUCUCUAUGGGCAGCAGCAGCAGCUGCAGCAGCAGCAGCAGCAGCAGCAGCUUUGGUGGCAAACUAAAGAAGAUUGGAGGGCCACAAAAGGCUGCAAAGAAGAUUAAAAAGAGCAGCAGCAGCAGCAGCAGCAGCAGCAGCAGCAGCGGGUUGCAUGCAGGAGGAGAGUGCUGCUACGAGGAGGAGGACGAUGGAGUAACUAAAGAAGAGGCAGGAGAAGGAACAUCUACUGCAGCUGCAGCAGAUGCUUCUGCUGCUGCUGCUGCUGCAGCAGCAGCAGCAAAAGGAAGUAAUUUAAAUAAAACAACAAAAAGAAAGAAGAAAGGAGCAACAAAAACAAUAAAAGAAAAAGAAAAAGAAAAAGAAAAGAAAAAAGAAAAUAAAAAUAUGCAUGCAUUAAUAAAUAAAUCAAUAAAGAAAGAAGUAAACAGCAGCAAGAAAAAUAAGAAGAAACAAAUACAUAAAACAGCAGCAGCAGCAGCAGCAACAGCAGCAACAGCAGCAGCAACAGCAGCAGAAGCAGCAGAAGCAGCAGCAGCUGAAGCAGAAGCAGCAGCUACACAAACAGCAGAAGCAACAGUAGCCACAGAAGCGUCAGCAGCAACAGCAGGAGCAGGAGCAGCUGCAGCAGCCGGAGCAGCAACAGAGGCAGCAGAAGCAACAGCAGCAGCCAAAGAAGCGGCAGAAGCAGGAGAAGCAGCAGCAGCAGCUACAGAAGCAGCAACAGCAGCUACAGAAGCAGCAGCAGCAGCAGCAGUGGAGGGUCAAUCGCUGCAUGUUAUAUCUGUAUAUAAGACAGAGGAUUGUUAUCCUCAUGAAGGCUACAGCAGCAGCAACAGCAGCAGCAGCAGUUGCUGCAUGCAGAGCCCAGUAUCUGCUGCUGCUGCACAGCAGCAAGCAGCAGCAAGCCCCACAGAGGGGGAAAGCAGGGAGGUGUCAGGGGACCAAUGCGUGGAUCCUGCUGCUGCUGAUGCUGAUGCUGAUGCUGCUGUUGCUGCAGCAGCAGGGGAGGAGGGUGAAGCAGCAGGAGAUAUACAGAGCAACAGGAGCAGCAGUCCCAGUGUUGCUGCUGCUGCAGCUGCUGCUGAAGCAGCAGCAGCAGCACAGCAUUGCGCAUGCAACGGAGGUGAGCAUACACCCCAAUUAGAAAGCCCCACGGAAAAAGUUCAGCAGCAAAUUAGAGGGAGCAGCAGCAGGAACAGCAGCAACAUUAACAGCAGCAGCAGCAGCAGCAGCUUGGUUAAUGGCAGCAGCAGCAUCAUCAGCAGCAGCAGCCUUCUCCUUACGCGCAGCAGCGGCAGUUUCCUAAACAGCGGCAGCAGCAGCAGCGAGCUUGUGAAUAUCCGCAGCAGCAGCAGCAGCGAGCUCGUGAAUAUCCGCAGCAGCAGCAGCAGCGAGCUCGUGAACAUCUGCAGCAGCAGCAGCAGCACUGACCUCCCUAACAUAAGAAGCAGCAGCUACAGCAGCAGCAGCAGCAGCAGCAGCAGCAGCAUGUAUGAUGCCCUUACGUCUCUCCCCUCUAAGGAGACGCGACGCUCAGGGAGUUCGUUGUGGGGGGAUUUGCUGCUGCGGGUGUCCGUAAGGAGCAGCAGGAGAGCAGCAAGAGCAGCAGCAGCAGCAGAAGCAGCAGCAGCAGCAGCAGCAGCUUCUGCUGCUGCUGCUUCGCAGAGGAGCAGCAUAAAACAACAAAAGGGAACACAAGAAAGACCUAAGCGCAGUACUACUAAACAGACAACCAACAGCAGCAGCAGCAGCAGCAGCAGCAGCAGCAUCAAGAGCAACAGCAGCAGCAUCAAGAGCAACAGCAGCAGCAGCAAGAGUAGCAAAAUAAGUAACAACAGCAGCAAGAGCAGCACCAGCAGCAAGAGCAGCAACAGCAAAAACAGCAGCAGCAGGAUAAGAGGAAGUCGUGAGGGAGCAACUCUAUGGAAUGCUAUUAAGGGAUAA